AUGGAAGUUAUGGGUGUCAGAAUCGGCCCGGAAGCAAGGCACUAUGCUGAUAGGGCCAACAACAGGCGUGUUGAUCGAGCUGAGCAAGAAGCUACUGAAGUGUCUAAGGAACACAGAACUGCUGUAAGAAAUGCAAGAAUUCUUCAUAAUGAUGCUUACGAAGACCAGGAAGGAGUUGUGUAUGAAGCUGGAAUGGAUAUUGAAACUGACUCGGAAUCGUGGACUGAUGAUGAAAUGCAAGUUUGUGACAACGAAAGUGAUAGCGGAAGUGAUAUUAUUAUUCCUAAAAAGAGAUUACGGGCUAUUAGCGAGAGCAACGAUGAUGAACUAACCGAAGACUGCACCGAACAUGCCUCUGUUGAUGAAUUUUUGGAUUUGGAUACACGGUAUUCGAAUGAAAAGUAUUCUUUUACGGAGGUUCCUGGUCCACAACAUCCGCCUGAUUCUGAAGCAAAACCAAUUGAAUAUUUCUCCAUAUUCUUUUCGAUUUCCCUAAUCUCUACAAUGGUUACCGAAACAAACCGGUACGCUCAUCAGUUUUUGAGUACCAGCAAAACUUUGAAGCGUCUAUCACGUGAAAAAAAAUGGAAACCUGUUACCAUACUAGAAAUGAAAGCAUUUAUUGCUGUUUUGUUAGAAAUGGGUAUUACUAGACGUCCAACAAUGAUGUGUUAUUGGAAUAGAGGCUCAAGGCAAAUACCGUGGUUUGGAAGAAUGUUUCCUAGGGAUAGGUUUUUAUUGAUUAUAAAGUUUUUCCAUCUGGUUGACAAUACCACUUUGGCACCACCAGGACAUCCAGAUUACGAUCCAUGUGGAAAGUUUAACUUUCUUGUGGAUUAUGCCAAUAAGAUUUUCCAUGAAAAGUAUACACCGCACCAACAGUUGAGUAUCGAUGAAUCACUG